UCAAAAUUUUUUUCUUCCCACUGUCGUCUUUGGUACAGUACGUACUGAACAGACUAAAUUUUUUUAGGUGUGAAAUAUUUCUAUGAUGAGGUCAAAGUUGAUUGUCAUAGUUUAUAUCAUAUAGGUUUACCAACCACUCCACUUCAUUACUUCAAGAUGGGUAAAUCAAGUAAGGAUAAGAGGGAUAUCUACUAUAGAAGGGCCAAAGAACAAGGUUGGAGAGCCAGAUCUGCCUUCAAAUUACUUCAAUUAAAUGAUGAAUUUCAAUUAUUUAAUGGUGUUAAAAGAGUAGUUGAUUUAUGUGCUGCUCCAGGUUCAUGGUCACAAGUCUUAAGUCGAGAAUUAUAUCAAAAUCAAAAUCAAAAGGAUGCCAAGAUUGUAGCGGUUGAUUUACAACCCAUGACUCCGAUUGAAGGGGUAACUACUAUUCAAGCUGAUAUAACUCAUCCUAAAACUUUACAAUCAAUAUUAGAAAUCUUUGGAGGUGAACCAGCUGAUUUCGUUUGUAGUGAUGGUGCUCCUGAUGUAACUGGUUUACAUGAUUUAGAUGAAUAUAUUCAAGCCCAAUUAAUUUUAUCUGCUUUACAAUUAACUACAUGUAUAUUAAAACCAGGAGGAUCAUUUGUUGCAAAAAUUUUUAGAGGUAGAGAUAUUGAUUUAUUAUAUAGUCAAUUAGGAUAUUUAUUUGAUAAAGUGAUAUGUGCCAAACCAAGAUCAUCAAGAGGAACAUCAUUAGAAGCCUUCAUAGUAUGUUUAGGAUAUAAACCUAGAUCAGGAUGGAAUCCAACUUUAGAAUUAAAUAAAUCAACUGAAGAAUUUUUUGAAGAUGCUAAUAUUGGUAAAAGUUAUAAUUUACAACAUUUUGAAUUACCUGAUCCUGAAGAAAGAAAAAUCGCUAAAUUUAUUGCUUGUGGAGAUUUAAAUGAUGGUGAUUCUGAUGCUACUUAUACUAUUGAUAUUGAUAGUACUGUUAAAGGAUUAGAUCCAGUUCAAAUGCCAACUGCUCCACCAUAUAAAAAGGCUUUAGAAAUGAAGAGAAGAGGAGAUUUAGUAAGACGUUGAGAAUUACAACCAACAAAAGGGCUUGUAUCAUAGUGUACCAUUAUUAUUAUUAUAGUUAUAUGUAUAUAUUAUAUAGAA